AUUUCUGGAGACUCGGGGCUGUGUUAUUUGGAUGUACCAGUUGAACGCGCCCCUUUCUUUGUGCGUAGUGUCGUGUUACACACAUUCCAGGUGUCUCACCUUUUAUGGCAGACGUUUAAACUAGAUCGGGAGUGUCUUUGCGCGACCCGAGGGCGCACCCUGAACAGCUCCUGACGCACGCGCAUACAAACACGGGCGCAAUGGUCGACGCACACGAGCUCGAACAAUAGACGAAAUGUCUCGACGAGUCAGACCAGGCUACUAUCGGCAGGAAAUUAACAAAACCUCAUGGGAGGUACCGGAUCGGUACCGUGAUCUGAAGCAGGUGGGGACAGGAGCAUACGGGACGGUAUGCUCAGCCGUGGAUGUCAGAACCAGAGCCAAAGUGGCCAUCAAGAAGCUGUAUCGACCUUUUCAGUCCGACCUGUUUGCCAAACGAGCCUACCGGGAGUUGAGACUCCUCAAACACAUGAAACAUGAAAACGUGAUCGGUCUCUUGGAUGUGUUUACUGCGGAUCUCUCUUUGGACAGAUUUAAUGAUUUUUACCUAGUGAUGCCAUACAUGGGGUCGGACCUGGGCAAAGUGAUGAAGCUGCAGAGGCUGUCUGAAGAAAAAAUCCAAUAUUUGGUGUAUCAGAUCCUCAAAGGGCUCAAGUACAUUCAUUCCGCUGGUAUCAUCCACAGGGACCUUAAACCAGGAAAUCUUGCCAUUAACCAAGACUGUGAGCUCAAGAUCUUGGACUUUGGUUUAGCACGUCAGGCUGACAGUGAGAUGACAGGCUAUGUGGUGACUCGCUGGUACCGAGCCCCAGAAGUCAUCUUGAGCUGGAUGCACUACAGCCAGACCGUGGAUAUUUGGUCAGUAGGCUGCAUCAUGGCAGAGAUGCUAAUAGGGAAACCUCUUUUUAAAGGGAAUGACCACCUUGAUCAGCUGACUGAGAUCAUGAAGAUCACAGGAACACCAUCACAGGAAUUUAUAGCCAAACUACAAUCAGAUGAUGCCAAAUGCUACAUCAAAGGUCUUCAAAAAGUCGAAAAGAAAGACCUUCAAAAAGUGUUCUCCAAAGCCAAUCCACAAGCUGUGUCUGUGCUGGAGCGCAUGUUAUUGCUGGAUCCGGAAAGCAGGGUAACAGCGGCGGACGCUCUCUUGCUGCCAUAUUUCAGCGAGUUUCGGGAACCAGAGGAGGAGACGGAAGCUCAGCCGUACGACCACUCGCUGGACAACACAGACCUAGCCCUGGAACAGUGGAAACGUCACACCUUCACAGAAAUCUUAACCUUUAAGCCUGUUGUGCCCGUGUCCAAGGAAACCUCUCUAUAAGACAUAAAGUACCCACAUUUCAUUAUUUUCCCCCCUGAACAAUUCAGAAAUAUUUUCAUAAUUUUAUCAGGGGUAUUGCUGCUCACCUUUUGACUUUACAGUGAUCGUUUGCCUUAUUCAGUCUCAAGUUGGUCCAGCAUCUUAAACUUGUGCUGCUCCUCUUGUGCCUCAAUUUCAUGCGUUUGUACGUAAUUAACCCAAGACAAUCACUGCAUGUUGUGCUUUUGUUUUGAACUCAAACGCCAUGAAAUAGGCUUUCGGUAGAGGUACGCAUGAGACGAGAUCAGCACAAAGUGCUUUAGUCUGCAUAAUUUUGUGUCUCUGCAGAAAAUAGAAUUUAGUCACGAUGAUAGAUUAGUUCAACUUGGAUUGGAUGAGAGUCAAGAAUUUGGUUGGGAGUCUCUUUUUCUUUGUGAUAAGAUGUAUUAGGUGUUUAAUGUAAGCUAUGCAUUAGGUUGCAUUCCUUUUUGAUGACACCUUGCCUUGCUGUUUUAAUGGAUUAUAUGUUUGUGGAAGAUUUAUUCACACGUUUUUCAUGUAUGUGACCUGGUUCAUUCCGACGUCCUUAAUAAUGACAGCCAGUAUCAUCUCACUUUUCAUGAACUCCCCCAAAUGUUGUUUACACUUAUUAGCAAAUGCAUUUGUGAAACUAGUCAUGUAUUUGUAAUUAUAGUACCGUUCAGAGGAUCAUAGGAAUGAUAUCAGCCAAAUUUGCUUUUUUUUUUUUUUUUAGCAAACACAGAGUCUUGUAAUUUAGCAAUAGGAGAACAAACAUACUGAAACACUGUUCGUAGCUGGUAAUGCCACAGAAAGACAAAAAUUCAAAACUAAGCAAAGCGUGCCAGUGUACAUGGAUGACUGGGCGGUUUUGUUAAUAAAAGACAUGCAACAGUU